ACCCUAAUUCUAACAAUAAUCCCCAGCCCUCACGCUGAAGUAAAUCCUAACCCUAACACAUUUAAAGGAAAAAACCCCUGUUCGAUACCGAAACUCUAACACAGCUCGUAAUUCUGCCAUGACUUCCAAGUUUUGCUGCCGACUGUUUCUUUUGAACCCAUUCCAUUUUUGCAAUGCAUUCUCAACCCUUGCCAUUACCAAUGCUCAUUCACAGAGCCUCUUUUCACAGUUUGCCUCCUCCAAAUUCAACAUGUCUGCGGCCGACAUCACUCGGAUCUUCAAAAUCGUUCCGAGCUUGCAGAGGCUUCAAACCCUUGAGAAAGUAGAGCAGUUUGUUCAUAUGUUGCAUAAAAGGGGCUUCAGUCAAGUCCAAAUAGCCGAUAUAAUGAGGAAACGUCCCCACAUUAUCUGCUUUAGCGCAGAAAGAAAAUUGGAGCCCAAGAUCAAACUACUGGAAGUUUUCGGUUUUGAGGGUCAAGCUCUGACGAAGCUUUUGACGAGGAAUCACGGCAUAUUGACCCUCGCCCUCGAGAACAUUCUUCCCACGAUGGAGUUUCUGCAAAAUGUAUUUCAGUCCCAAGAUCUUCUCGUUAAAGCUCUGUUAGGAGCUCCGUUCAUUCUCAAUUGCAACUUGGAGAAGACACUGAAGCCCUCCGUUGCUUUAUUCGAGGGAUGGGGUUUUCGUGGGACGGAGCUCUCUAGAUUCGUACUUUUAAAUCCGCGCGUUCUGUCACUCACUUCUCUUACGCCUGCACACGCUGAUCUUAUUCACAAAAUUGGCGGUGAUAAACAAAGCAAAAUGUUCAAAUUUAUUGUAAGUAAGGUGGUUUGUAGCCGCAUUGAAACUUUAGAGGCUAAGAUAGAAAAUCUCAAACUCUGCGGGCUCUCGGCUGAGGAAACGUGGCAAGUAUUUCGGGGUAACCCGGCACUCCUCAGUUUAUCCAAGGAAUAUAUAUGUGAAAAGAUGAAGUUUUUAGUUAAUACUAUGGAGCUCCCUACAAAUUAUGUAGUGACGCACCCGGGCUUGUGGAAAUUCAGCUUGGAAAAGACUAUGAGGCCCAGGUUUCUAGUUUGGCAGAAAAUCAAAGACAUGAAUGAUGUCGGCCUUUCUCUUUUGACUGUACUCAGAAUGACAGAGGCAAGAUUUGUUGGCAAGCUUAUAAAAGAGCAUCCUGAAUCUGAAACACUGCUGUCAAUUUAUCAAAAUGCAAUCUCUAGUUCCCCCAACUGCACAAAGAGAUCAACCAAAAGUUAAUUUUGUAUUGAGAUAGUAAGAGUGGGAACCCAAAAGCCACAACAAAUCUAAUAUUUGGCAAAAGGUGGACAGCUCUUCACAUCCAGGCGAUGGCUGUGAGUAUUUUACAUUCCUGGAGGGACCAUAUUUAACAACAGGAGCAAUGUCGUUAUUCCCUCUCCCAUGUAUUUGUGUCUAGUUGUUCGUUAAGCAAGGCACCUGGCGCAUGGAGUGGGAUGUAGUGUAGAUUUUCAACAAUUAUCGCAAGACAUGUGAGAUGCAGCUGUAGCUGCUUGGAUGCUGGGUGACUUAUGUGUUGCUUGCUACUUGCUUGUGCAGCUCCCAAGACAUGGAGGCUCUAAUGUAUGCAAUAAUUUUGUUUUCUUUCCUUAAUUUGUAAAGGAAGAUUUUCUGCUUUGUUAGCCUUCUGUGAGCAGAGUAAAUUUCGCUAUGAACCGAAUCCUGGAGCAUGGAGAUAUCCAUUCCCAAAGUGGAAUGCAAAUGUUGUGGUGUCUAUUCUGAUUAUAGUAUAUUUAGAACUGGUUCUUAAAAUAGCACUGUGAAGAUGUCAGUUGUUCUAUUUUCAGAAAACCAGGGAUAUAGGCGGGGGUUUCAGCAUAGCUGAGUAAAAGGCAAUAAUUCAAACCCAUGUUUCUCAAUAUUUUCUAGAGAUUAGAAGACGCAUGUUCCUACAACUUAUUACUUCUGACACUAGUUAUGUAUUCUCCUUCUUUGUCAUAGUAAAUAGCAUCAAAAUAAUAA